CGUCUCUCCACUUGGCGGAAGAAACUAAUGUUUAUUUAGCAAAGGCGAAACACCCUUUCGGAGAUCUCAAGAGACUAAUCCCAACUCCUUUUACGCCAUAACCCCCCAUUCAUAUUUCAUUCCCCUCACUUCUAUCGAACCCAUCUUCUUUGAUUUAUCAAGAUAUGGUAACCCUUUAUUCUUCCCCUUCCACUAACUGUUCUGGGGCUUUUUCAUCUUACUCCAAUUCUUCUAUUGGUUUCUACAAUUAUCAUUACAACUUCCCUAUUUCAUCCAGAAAGUUUGGUUCUCACAAGAUUUCUUUGCAAAUUAAUGCCGUUCGCAUGCAAGAUGGUGCUGUAGUGGCUCAACCUAGCAAAACCCAAGAUGAAACUCCUUUGAAGAAAUUAAAAGAUGGAAUUUUGUCAAAGGAGCAGAAACAUACAUUUGAUUUUGAUUGCAACAAAGAUAAAUCAACUGUCAGUAUUACUGUUGUUGGUGCUUCAGGAGAUCUUGCCAAAAAAAAGAUAUUUCCUGCACUUUUUGCACUUUAUUAUGAGGGUUGCUUACCGGAGCAUUUCACUAUUUUUGGCUAUGCCCGGAGUAAGAUGACUGAUGACGAACUCAGGAACAUGGUCAGCAAGACACUUACUUGCAGGAUUGAUAAGAGGGAAAAUUGUGGUGAAAAGAUGGAACAGUUUCUAGAAAGGUGUUUCUACCAUAGUGGACAAUAUGAUUCCCAGGAACACUUUGCAGAGCUUGAUAAAAAGCUGAAAGAACAUGAGGCUGGAAGGUUUUCCAAUCGUCUGUUCUACUUGUCCAUUCCACCAAAUAUUUUUAUAAAUGCUGUACGAUGUGCAAGCCUCUCUGCAUCAUCUGCUCAUGGAUGGACUAGAGUCAUUGUAGAGAAACCCUUUGGUCGGGAUUCUGAAUCCUCUGCUGCAUUAACAGGAGCACUUAAGCAGUACUUGAAGGAAGAUCAAAUUUUCAGGAUUGAUCACUAUUUAGGGAAGGAGCUUGUGGAAAACCUUUCUGUCCUUCGUUUCUCCAACUUGAUAUUUGAACCCUUAUGGUCAAGGCAGUAUAUAAGGAACGUGCAGUUUAUUUUCUCUGAAGAUUUUGGAACUGAAGGAAGGGGAGGUUAUUUUGAUCAUUAUGGGAUAAUUAGAGACAUUAUGCAAAACCAUUUGCUUCAAAUUCUUGCCCUCUUUGCCAUGGAAACACCUGUCAGUUUGGAUGCAGAAGAUAUCAGGAAUGAAAAGGUAAAAGUUCUGCGUUCUAUGAGACCUUUACAACUAGAUGAUGUUAUCGUCGGGCAGUACAAAAGUCACACAAAAGGGGGUGUUAACUAUCCUGGUUAUACCGACGACAAGACUGUACCCAAGGACAGUCUAACCCCAACUUUUGCUGCGGCUGCUCUUUUCAUAGAUAAUGCAAGAUGGGAUGGGGUGCCUUUCCUUAUGAAGGCUGGAAAAGCUUUACAUACCAGGAGUGCCGAAAUAAGAGUACAAUUCAGGCACGUGCCGGGAAAUUUAUACAAUAAGAACUUUGGCUCAGAUCUAGAUCAGGCAACAAACGAGCUUGUUAUCCGUGUUCAACCUGAUGAAGCUAUAUACCUAAAGAUCAAUAACAAAGUUCCCGGUCUAGGAAUGAGACUGGAUCGCAGUAAUCUUAAUCUGCUUUACUCAGCAAGAUACGCGAAGGAGAUCCCUGAUGCAUAUGAGCGGCUACUUCUUGAUGCCAUAGAAGGUGAACGUAGGCUUUUUAUUCGCAGUGAUGAACUGGAUGCUGCUUGGUCUCUUUUCACACCAGUGUUGAAAGAACUUGAGCAUAAGAAAAUAGUACCGGAAAGCUACCCCUAUGGAAGUCGAGGACCUAUUGGAGCACAUUACCUUGCAGCACGAUAUAAAGUAAGAUGGGGUGAUCUUGCUUAGACAAAGUAAUUUGCCAUUGCUAUGAGAAACCAUAUGUAGCCUUACAACUUCUUCUGCUUAGUAUGUUGCAACCAAAUUUGUUAGUGGGAUUCCAGUAUCCAGACUAACAAAGCUUGAAGUUGCUUACUGUCAAGGCAUAUGACAAUAGAGAACACACAGUUGGUAAAACAAAAGAAGAGGAGAAUCUGGGUUCAUUUUGUUAUUUCAAAUAAAUCUUUUCUAUUGCACCAACGCAUUUCCAUUGGUAGCAUCUUUUUUCAUGUAGCAUUUAGUAUACCUUGUUAGAAUCUAAUAAUUCGAAAAGUCAUCGUCUUCUUAUCAAGUAUUCAUACAUGCAGCUUUCUGGUUCCGAACUAUAUUAUAUUUUAUUGCAUGAAAUGUACUAUGAAAUAGAAGGUUUGUUGCCUUCAAUAUUUCUUCA